AAUAGCCAGAUUUUUUGGAUUUCCUUCCUAUCACAUCCAACUACCUUAACCGGAAAUUUGUCCUAACAAGUAAUAUUGGUUAAACCGGCCGAAUAUCUUAAAUUUUAUCCUAAAAAGCCAAACUGAACCUAUAAAAGAUUUGAAAUUGAAAACCAACCGGGCCCAAGAUCAGCUGGUAGUUAGCGUCCACACUAAAAGCAUGUGUCCCCACCCCACCAGAUCCAAUUGAAACCUCAUUUAAUCCUCAACCGUUACCCAAACCCCACAACAACCUUUCACCUCGAGAUAAUUUCUUGAAAGGAAACAAAAAAAAAUGGGUCUGCAUCCAAUCUCAGACGCUGACGAGAGCAACCCCUUCGGCUCUCUCUCCGCCGAUGAGUUCUACGCGAAGCAUUCCGUCACCCAUUCCUCCGCCUUCAUCACCAACCCUCGCGGCCUCAAGAUCUUCACACAAUGGUGGUCUCCACUCCCUCCAGCUCGUCCCAUCGGUAUCGUCGCCGUCGUUCACGGCUUCACCGGCGAAUCCAGCUGGUUCCUCCAGCUCACGUCCAUCCUCUUCGCUAAAUCCGGUUACAUCACCUGCGCGAUCGAUCACCAAGGGCAUGGAUUCUCCGAUGGCCUCGUGGCUCAUAUCCCUGACAUCAAUCCCGUCGUCGAUGACUGUAUCUCCUUCUUCGACGACUUCCGUAACCGUAACCGCCAGGAGACGCCGGAUUUGCCGUGUUUUCUCUACUCCGAGUCCUUAGGCGGAGCCAUCGCGCUCUACAUCUCGCUCCGGCAGAGAGGUGUAUGGGACGGGCUCAUCCUCAACGGAGCCAUGUGUGGAAUCAGCGCGAAGUUCAAACCGCCGUGGCCGUUGGAGCAUUUGCUCUUCGUCGUGGCGAACCUUAUCCCCACCUGGCGCGUCAUCCCCACUCGCGGAUCGAUUCCCGAUGUUUCCUUCAAGGAGCCGUGGAAGAGGAAGCUCGCGAUUGCUAGUCCUAGGAGGACGGUGGCGAGGCCGCGCGCCGCGACGGCGUACGAGCUGAUCCGUGUAUGUAACGAGCUUCAGGGGAGGUUCGAGGAGGUGGAGGUGCCGCUUCUGAUAGUGCAUGGAGGAGGAGACGUUGUUUGCGACCAAGCGUGCGUAGAGGAGCUUCAUCGGAGAGCAAGCAGUGGGGAUAAGACGAUCAAGAUCUAUCCGGGGAUGUGGCAUCAGAUGGUUGGUGAAUCGGAGGAGGACGUUGAUUUGGUGUACGGUGACAUCCUGACAUGGCUCAAGACCCGAUCGGAAAGGGCCGCUGAGAGGAAACGGGAGUCGCGCGUUGGCGGCGGAGCUUAGAGUCUUUUUGACUCUUUGGGUAUUGAGUUGUACCCAAUAGGGCAAUUCCACCUGGCAAGCAACUAUUUAUGGGUUAUGCUUAUUUGUUUCGUAGCACAUGGUUUACAGUUAAACCGUCGACAAAAAAAGAGUUUACAGUUAAGCCAAUGAAUAGUUCAAUAUACUUUUUGGGCAAUAAAUUAUUAAAAAAUAUUUUUGUAAAAUUAAAUUUUAA